GAAUAAUUUAUCUAGUUUCUUUAAUCUUAAUUUUAAUGGGAUAUACAAUCCGAAUAGUCUUCAAAAUUUGAAAUUCGUUAAUGAAUUAGUUAGUAUUGUUAAUAAUCAAGGUUUUGACGGA